AUGGGGUGGAGGUCAUGCUGGUUCAUAUUGGUCUGGAAAGCACAAAGCCCCGAGCUAGACGAAAGAGCGCGGUACUGGGCUUUAGACUUUGGAUGGAGAUCAAAUCAUCCAGGGAAUUCGAAGCUUUUGCCUUUAGAGCCAAGCGUUUUUGCCUGUUUUGGGACGCUUGAGUCGCGUGGGGAACUUCCUGGAUUAUCUUCUGGCGAAACAUCAUCCAGUGAGCUCAACAGGGCAAGCACGAUCAUGGAAGCAAUAGAUCACUUCUUGAGUGUCAUCCCACUUCCGGCCUAUGGCCCUGCAACUGGGCAGCUCAAGCUGGAGAUUGAGUCGGCAGUGCAACGCCUCGAGGAGGAAUGCGGGGUAAGCCUUUGCAGUUGCAGCAGCAGUAGCAGCAAGAUCGAUCUCUCCAUCUGCGCCAACAUGGCUUAUGCCAUGGUUCAUCUGGACAGAGUCAGCGACGCCAUUCUGUUAUUCGAAUCGAUGCAAGAGCGAGCUGCAAGCCAGGAGAAUGUUAGGGUGCAAGUCCUGGCCUUGAUCGAGAGAGGCAUCCUGCUCAGACCCUGUGUGGAAGAGCUGGAAUCCGCGAAGGCGGAUCUUGAGGCAGGACUGAGACUGGCGCAAGAUCAUCUGGGUGACGAUCUGGAUGAGUUUUUCCAGCUGAAUAUCGUGGAGCGGGGCAAGUUCGAGCUGGGCUGGCUGCUGUUUGACAAAGGAGAGUUUGGCAGCGCAGUGGAGUAUCUCAAAGCGGGGCUCGCACCGGUGCACAGCUUCCUAGGUGACGCGUACCGCCGCUUAGGGGAACUUGACUUGGCCUUGGAGCAUGCCAAUGGAUGCGUCAGCUUGGGUGGCGGGCGGCAAUUCAACGGAUACAAGUUGCUUGGAUUCGUUUACAUGGAUCGAAAAGAGUACAAGCAGGCAGUGGAAUCUUUCCGGGAGAUGGCACUGGCCGCCGGAGAAGCGGAGAUUUUUGGAGUGGCGAGCUUUGGCUGGUGGGCUGCAGGUUGUUUGGCAGUGGAACAUUGCAGUGACUGUGACCAGGCUGUGGAUUGCUUGGUGUGGAGCUUGAAAGCGGCACUUCGAAUCCAGGGAGAUUUGCAGCUGCAAGCCAGGCGGCUUGCGAGUGCAAAUAUCUGGCUGCUAACUUGUCUCCUCGUCCAGCAGCAUGGCAGGGUGAUAUCCGAGUUUGUCUGUGAGCGCAUUCAGGAUGCUGGUGAUCAGAUGGUUGUUCCACCCUCCAUGCAAGUUCUCAAGGGUGAAGCAUACGGGCUGCUUGGUGUGGUUAUGCUCUCCCGUGGCUCGCUGGACGAUGCUUACGAGCACUUGGACAGGGGCAUUAGUUUGCUGCCAGGGGACGAGACAAAGCUACUUUUUCGGUUCCAUCGUGCAAUGGGGUUGCUGCUCUCCCGGAGGUCGGAGCACGAUAAGGCCUUGGAGAGGUUUGAGCUGUGCACUGCAUUGGCUCCAACGGAGAGAGACAAGGUUUCUUCACACAUCAGGUGCUGCCUCGAGGUGAAGUCGUGCUUGGAUGUGGUGAGAGCUUUCGAGAUGUUUGGCCGCAUUCAAGCGGAGCACGCGGCUUUGCUGGAGACGGACUGGGAUCUGAGAGUGGAUGUUAUGUUGGGGGUCGGGCAGUGCCUGUUUGCGCUUGGAAACAACGUCCAAGCUCAAGCGACGCUGGAAACCGCAAAGGAAACUUUGGAAGCGAGGGAGCGCCUUGCAGACACUCGCCUGGGCGCGUUGUACUCGAUGCUCUUCCUGUGUUACGUCCAAAGCAACCGUUUCAGCGCUGCUUUCGAGCUGGCCAGCCGGUUCCAGAGCAAGUGUGGCGAAUACGCUUACUUGAUGCUCUACCACGGCGUUGCAAACCGGCUCCUCGGAGACAAUGAGGCGUCCGUCAAGAAGCUAACAGACUUGCUCGAAGCCUCGAAGGACUGGACGCUCAGGUACUCCACGCUAAGUUCUCUGGCUUACGCAUAUAGAAAGAUGGGAGACUUGGAUUCGGCUCUUGAGAAGUUUGAUCAGGCUCUGGAAGAGAUUCCCGACAACAUAUCGAUACAUGCCGCACAGGUUUAUAUCAACCGCGCAGGACUGUUCAAUGACAGAGGAGCUGAGCAACAGCGCAAAGGCAAGCCUGUCCCGGCUAUGGCCUCCUACGAGAAAGCGCUGGCUGAGUACGAUCGAGCAGUACAAAUCAUGCGGAGAUUCGGCGAGUGGAACCUGCAAGAUCUUGUGAGAGCGUAUGCCGGGGAAGCAGUGGUUCACUUCCACAUGAAAAACUACAGCGUUGCUAUGCUUAAGCUGGACAGUGCUACGAGCCUGGUAAGCAGUGACGAUGCACUGCUCAUGGGAAAGAUCAAACGCAUUCGGGCUUCUAUACUCGCGGCAGAAGGAAGAAUGGAGGAGUCGGCCUCAGAAGCUCGUGAAGCAGCUCUCCUGUUUGCGGACGUCCAGAUGAAGCUGCAAAACAUGGAGUCUGCUUGGGUGACUCUUCUGGAUGACGAUAUGAAGCACAUAUACUAUUUCAUGCAAAAGAUCUCAUCGGAGGCAAACAGUUUCGUGGAUGCACUCUUGUGGGCCGAGAGGAGUCGCAUGAGAUUGUACUUUCACUUGGCCGACCAAGCUCUUAGAAACUCCACUCCCGCAAGUCCAAAGUUACUGGACCCUUUGGCAUUCGACAAGGACGAUCACCACGCUGCAAGCUGCAUCAAAGAGGCUGUUGCGAGAGCUGGCUGUAACUCAGUGGUGGUGGAGUAUGCAUUCUCGGCAAACCAUCCACUCUCUUCACUACUCAUCUACGUUGUGCAUUCCACAGUAGGGGAGGAUUUCACUGUCCGCUUCAAGCGCGUCCGCUUGCAGGAAUUCUUUGCUUCCAAGGAAAACAAGGUGAUGGGUGGAAAUCUAGACGCGCUCAUCAGGAAGGCCAGAACAGUGAUCCAACGCGAGAGCCACGAGGCAGAGGCAAAGGUGGCGCUGGGGAUUCUCUACAAGCUCACUGUCCUGCCUGUUUGGGAGCACAUCGAGCCCCAUGACACCGUCAUCUUUGCUCCGCAAGGAACCAUGUCACUCGUCCCGUUUGCCGCACUAUACGAUGGAUCCGAAGGCCAGUUCCUCGUCGAGAAGAAGAAUGUGGGAGUCAUCCCUUCCAUCCGAGCUCUGCGACGUUGCCAGCUCCACCAAGAUCAUCACCACGAUCAUAUCGACGAGCCAUCUUUCUUCGUUGCUGGGGAUCCGGAGCCAAUGGGUCUCGAUCAGCCUCAACUUCCAGGUGCGAGGAAAGAAGCCGAGGAGAUUGCCAAGCAGCUCGGCGUGGAUGCGUUAGUCGGCGCAGCCAUGACAAAGAGCUCCGUCAUGCAAGCGCUGUCUAACGCGUCCGUGCGUGUAGCCGUGCUCGCAACUCACGGGCUGGUGAGCCCGGCUUAUCCUCACGGUGCCUUGGUCAUGCAAGGGCAAAACCAGCAGCAAGGAUUCAACGAGCUUACAGUGGGUGUGACGAGCAGCCUCCGCCGAGAGGUCGAUCUUGCUUUGAAGCAACAAGCUGUGCUCCACGAUCAAGUUCUCACUGCCAAGGAGAUCGAGCGGCUGGAGAAGGGCAUCGCGGCUCGUCUCGUGGUUCUGAGCGCUUGUCAAACGGGCGAUGGCGUGGUUACCAGCGAGGGAUUGCUGGGGCUCGGGCGAGCAGUGUUGCAGGCUGGUGCGGCGUGUGUGCUUGUCACGCUGUGGAAAGUGGACGAUGCUGCCACACUGCAACUCAUGACUGGUGUGUUUGAAGAGCUCAACAAGCAACAUACCAUUGUCGAGGCCGUGAGGUUUUCGAUGCUCAAGUUGAUCGAUUCUGGAAAGCCCAUCCGCUUCUGGGCUCCUCUGGUUGCUCUAGGAAGUCCCACAUUGAGAAUAAGUUUGGCUGAGGAAGCUUAAGUUCCAGCCCAAUUCCACAAACUACACUCGCAUGAUGUCAAAGAUGUAUUUCCUGACAAUUAUUUUGUUUGAGAUGCUGAUGUUAUCCUGGA